AUGCCAAGCCACUCUUUGGCCGUGGUCAAACAAUCCAUCGACAACUACUUCGCCUGCUUCAACGUCUCAGGGAUCUUUGUAGACGAAACCGCUACAGAUCCCAGCAAAUGCAAUGGCAAUGAUGCUUACUACGACCAACUCUACGCCUAUGUGAAGAGCCAGGACCCUUCUGCUGAGGUCAUGUGCAACCCCGGCACAGGUGGGAGUCUAAACAAAUCAGGGACAGGGAGGGAGGAAAGCAGCCCCGACCCCUUUGUCCCUGAGACUUCAGGCUUCGACUAUGGGUCUUGGAAGCACUGCUGCGAUCGAGCAAUGGUUGUCGAAGUGUCGCUGAGCUCCUUCACCAGUGGCUUCAAGGAUCCCAGCCCUUUUACAGGCCCGACGCCGUACCCGCCUGGCUUUGCCGUGGUCUAUGGGGUGCCUGGAGUGGCGGAGAUGCAGCAAGUGGUACGCCGGGCAGCAUGCAGCAAUUUCACAGAUGCAGACGGGAUAUGGGUAUUGGAAGAGGGCGGCAAUGGAGUUCUGCCAGGAUACACGACGAUGCCGAGCUAUUUUGCACAGCAGGUGGACUUCGUAAAGACGGCGAUAGCGCCAGAGUGCCCACCGCCUCCCGCCCCACCAGUUUACACCCAAGCCCCCACCGGGGGGAGUUGUUGGUUCAAUCCCAAUGACCUCAACUGCGAGAUUUGUUACCCGGGCUACAACCAGUGCUCUUGGCAGGGAUGUUACAAACACCAGUGCUCUCCAAGCGGUGGAAGUGCUUGCACAAACAGUUGUUCGAGUACCUGA